AUGCAGGUGGCUGUCUCAAAGUUCUCCGGUUCUGCAAAGGAGAAUCCAGAGACCUUCAUCCGCACGGUUGAGAGCGCGAAGGGCCUCUACAGCUGGGGCGACGCCCAGGCCAUGGCGUUCGCCGGCCUCCAUCUGAAAGGGAAGGCGCUGGACUGGUACAACAUUCAGGAGCCCAUGACUUGGCUCCGCUUCAAGAAAGCUUUGAUUGGACGUUUUGGACUGGAGCCCAGCAGGAUGCUGGCAGCCCUGACCAAGCGGGUGCAGGGAGAGAAGGAGAGUGUGCGUGACUACGCCGACGCGCUGUGCACCCUCGUGCGGCACUCCCAGGACCCCAAUCUACAGUCCACCUUGCGGCACUUCUUCAUGAGUGGUCUGAGAGAGGACGUGCAGAGAUUUGUGAAGACUCGCCGUCCUGAGACCUUUGAAGCAGCAGUGGCCGAAGGGGAGUAUUUUGAGGACACGUUCCUUGGCGGAGUUGCUGCCGCCGUCAGCGGGCACCCGUCCGCGUGGGGCAAGGAGGCCCCCGCCACACCUAUCCUUCCAACUGCCACACCUGCCAAGGUGCUACGUAACAGCACCAAUGAUCCAGUCGACUCAAUCACCCGGAAGCUUGAGAAGUUGAGUUUGCUGGUCCACGACCUGCGCCUCUACCUGGCUGCUGACAGCCAGCCCGACGACCGCCCCGCCAACACCUGGGAGGCUACCGCGAGGCCCUCUGUGGCUCGGGCCUACCUGGCAGAGGAUGCUGACGAGUGA